GCCGAUUGGAAAUUUAAUCCACCCCGCCUGCGCACAGCACAAAAUAUCCUGCUUACUAACAACAUCUUCCCACCCCGACGGCCACUCUCGGCCACUCACAGCGAAUUGGAUUCCACACGGCCAACACGGACUGGCUCUUAUUGGGUUAUCGGCACGGAUUAUCGCCUUGUUCCGAGAACUCACCGCUUUAAAGAGUUGUGCUGCGCUUGUCUGCUUUGAGCGCUGCAUUGGACCGGACUGGGCAGUGGCAGGAAAGGCAGAGCAACUGAUUGAGCAGUGUUGACAAUCCUCCUUUUUAGGACUGGACUUGACGAUCUUUUUUUUUCUCUUCAAGCGAACACUUUACCCCUCCAUCCCAGGUCGGAAACAGAUACUCUACAUUCAUUCCACUCCACGGAUUUGUGCAAAGGUGGUGGAUACAGCACACAGCACAAAGCAUCAGGUAUCGAAAGCCUUGCAUAACACAACAUCCAUCCAUCCACAUCCACAACAAGCACGCACGCCCACCACAUCAAAUCACCGGACAGGACAAGGCAAGGCAGGGCAAGGCAAGGCAGGGCAAGGCAUAUCCACCUUCUGCUCUCCACCGCCUCCGAAAGCAGCCAUCCUCGAGCAAGGACACAAAGACUACAAGCGAAUCCAAUCAACGCCCAUCCCAGCGAGGACAAACACAUCAAACUUUGGCAGACAUGGACAGUACAUAUGCGCCUCAGUCCCCCGAUCUCUCGAGCUUCCUCUCCUCCCCGCCCAAAACACAACAACCCUACAACACCCAACCACAAGCACAAUCGCAAUCCUCGUCCUACGCGCCUCGAUCUCCAGGCAUCCCAUCCUUCAAUACACAGCCAGGAAAUUUGCACGCGUUUGCUUCGAAUCAGAAUCAAUUCGCAUUCGCGACUGACGGUGCAAACGAUUUCGCAGAGUACGGAUCAAAUAGUUACAUGCCCCCGAUCCCAGCUCUCCCAUCCUCGCAUUCCGAUUUCCACGCGCAGAGUCAGAUACAGCACCAAAACCAAUUACCCAACCAAACCUCCAUCCUGGAUUCCCACUCCUCUUCCGCGUACGGUCGUCCUCACCGCCAAGCAAGGAACAAUAUCGCCUCGUACAGCGACGACUUUGAGCCCCCCGAGCAAUCCUGGGAGCAAGACCAAGGACAGUACAUAAAUUCUCCACAAGCACAAGCACACUUUCAGGCACAAAGCCAGCAAUUCCCAUACCAAGAACAACCACAAACUCAACAAAGCAUGUCGUCCCGCGGCCCCCGCAUCAAGCCCGACCCCUCCACAGCCAGCAUGCAAAACCUUGCCCCCGCACCACCGACCUAUACCGACCCCAAUCCUCUUAACAUUGAAAUCCGCACCAAGUUCCCCGUCGCCCGCAUAAAACGCAUCAUGCAAGCCGAUGAAGAAGUCGGAAAAGUCGCACAAGUUACCCCGGUUGCAGUGUCUAAAGCUCUCGAGCUCUUCAUGAUUGCUUUAGUAGGCGGAGCGGCUGACAAGGCGCGCGAGAAGGGAGGAAAGAAGGUUACAGCACAGCAUCUCAAGAGUGUGGUGUUGGGCAGUGAGCAGUUUGAUUUCUUGGCAGAAAUUGUAGGGCGUGUGGCUGAGGUGCAGGAGGGUGCUGGAGGAGAGGGUAGGAAGCGAAAGGGUAAGGAGGAGAAGGAUAGUGAGAGUAGUGAGGAAGAGAAGAAGCCGAAGAAGGGACGGGGGAGGAAGAAGAAGGGGGAUGAAUAGAUGGUGUUUUAGGGGACUUGAUUUGGGGGAAAUGGCACGGGAUGGGAAUAGCAAGUAGUGGAUAGGGUUUGCUCAGGGUGUUUGGAAGAAAGGAAGGAAUGGGAUGGGAAGGGAGGAAAUCUGCUUAGUAUGGCGUUGAAGGGGAUAAGCAUAUACACGGCGUACUUUUGGGUUACGAACGAGCGAUUGACCGAGUCAUCGAUGGAAUACUGUCUACAAUAUCACACACAUACAUACAUACAUACAUACAUACAUACAUACAAAAGAAACAAAACUGAACCAAG